AUGAGCUACUCAUAAGAGUUCUCUCCAUUAUCUAUGAAGGAGGAGAUUUUUUUUUAGAAUGAAACUGAAUCUACAUCUUUAGAAUAACAAUUGCGCAUUGCUAAUGAGAAAGUCCUAUAAUUAAUGCAAUAUCAAUAACAAUUGAGUGAAGAACUAGAGCAUCUACACUAUAAAUACAGAGAGACUUAAUAGGAAAAUGAGAUCCUUUCGAAUUAAUUGCACCAGGGUCCAGAUGAAACCAAAUUCCUUAAUUGCGUUCUCGAUAUGGUUCGUGUCUGUCAUCCUUAAGAAAAGCCUAUCUCCCUGAAAUACGCCUGGAAAUGGUUGAAAUAUGUCGUUGAUGAUUACAUAGAAUUAAGAAAACGAAAUAAAAGUGCUAAUACUCAAAGUGAAGUCUUCAAGAAUCCAAAAAAGAACUCGAUUAUAGUUGGCGAUUUAUUGAGAAAGAAUUGCCAGGUCGCAGAAAGUUAAUAUAUUAAAAAUUCAAAAUGCCAUAAUUGA